AUGGAAGAAGAAGAUAAAUUCUCAAACAACGAAAAAAUUAUGAGCAGCUUCACCCACGAAAAAGCUGGGAUGAAAGGAAUAAAUCGUGAAAAAAUAGAUAAAAUUAUUUAUGAAGCAUCGAAAAAUACCGAUUUUUUCAAUCACGAGCAACAAAAGACUGACCAAGUUCAAAAGAAAAUCAAGUCCAUGAAAAACGAAAUUCAAAAAAAUAUUCAAAAAGGUCCCAGAUUUAUAAAAGAAAGCUCAGAUGAAAUUGAUCGGAAAAUCAGAGAAUUCGAAAAAGAAAGAAUUCUAACAGAAACCUGAAUCCAUGUAGACAUGGACAUGUUUUAUGCUUCUGUCGAAAUAAGAGACCAACCUGAUCUCGCAGAUAAGCCAAUUGCUGUUGGUGACACCCAAAUGAUAACAACAGCUAAUUACAUUGCACGAAGAUUCGGGGUAAGAAGUGCAAUGCCUGGGUUUAUCGGCAAAAAACUUUGCCCUGAGUUAAUUUUUGUUCCUCCCAAUUUUGGUAAAUAUCAAGCUGAAGGAGAAAAAAUCAGAGAAAUUUUCAAAGAAUAUGACCCGAAUUUUGAGAGCAUGGGUCUUGAUGAAGCUAAUUUAUUAGUCACCCCUGUAUUAAGAGAAAGAGGUACAGACACACAUGAAGGAAGGCAAGCUCUCGCUAUGGAAAUUCGUGAAAAAAUUUUUGUUGAAACACAGCUAACAGCUUCAGCUGGAAUCGCCUGCAAUAAACUUUUAGCUAAAAUGGCUACUGAAAUUAAUAAACCAAAUGGCCAAUUUUACUUGCAGCCAGACAGAGAUAAAAUAACUGAAUUUAUUGAGCAGCAAAAAGUCAGAAAAGUCCCAGGAAUUGGAAAAGUACUAGAAAAAAUCUUAAAUGAGCUUGGUGUCGAUGUAUGUGGCGACAUCUUGAAAAAGAAGCUUGAAAUCAGCUUUGUCUUUAACAACACGUCAUUAGCUUUUUUGCUUAAAUCAGCUCUUGGGCUAGGCUCUACAAGCCAUACUGGCGUUUCUGAAGAGCAAAAAAGUAUAAGUAUCUCAAGAACUUUUCCCCCAACUGAAAAUAUUGACGAAAUUCGAAAGAAGCUAAUUACCUUUUGUGAAAACAUCGCAAAAGAGCUAGAAGAAAAAGACGCAGAGUGCAGAAAUGUGACUGUUUUUAUUAAAAGAGGCAACUAUGAGACUAUUAAUCGCUCUGAAACAUCCAAAAAGCUAAUUAAUACACUAGAAGAUAUCACAAAUCUUGCUUUUAGGCAGCUUGAAACAUUGCAGCCACUUGGACAAAUUCGGCUUUUAGGACUAAAAGUGGGUAAUUUGAGCUUUGGAAGGAAAAAAAGGAAAUCAAUACAAAGUUUCCUUGCAGAGCCACCUGCAGAGACUGAACCAAAAGGAGUGAUACAGAAAAAAGCAACUUCAGAAGAAGAAUUCGUUAAUUCAUUUUUACAUACUCCGCUGACACCAGAGAAAAAGGUUAUAGAGGAUGCCAAGCCCACAGGAAUUAAAUUAAUGAGAUUGCAAUGUCCUGUGUGCGGUCAGUGAUUUACAAUGAGUGAGUAUAGGAUGAGUGUACAUGUCAGUGAGUGCGUGAAUGAUAAUGGGGCUAAAAAAAGAAAAGUGUCUUUGGAAGGAGAAAAUAAGAGAAUUAAGUCUCAAAAAGGAUUGACACUUGACCAUUUCUUUACUAAAAAAUAA